GUCCGCCGCUCGCUGCGCCUGCUGUGCGCGCUGCAGCUGCCGGACUGCGUCGGGGAGCUGGCGCAGCAGGCGCAGCGCACGUCGCAGCCGGAGCGGCAGCAGCAGCAGCAGCAGCAGCCGAAUGCGCACGGCCCCCCGCCUAAGCGGCCGCGCGGCGGCGGAGCGGACGACCCAUCCGGAUCUGCGCGCCGCGCCGUGCUGCUGCCUCGGGAGGCCGCAUGCGCUCUCGUCCUGCACAGGCUUCUCGCCGCCUGCGCGCUGCUGCGGGACGCGCAGCCCGCCAUAUUGAAGGCGGCAAGGGACCUGAUCGGGCAGCUGUCGAUGGGCUACUUCAUGCCUUUCUGCCUGGCCGCGGCGGCCGUUAUUGCGCGGCUACGCGUGCUGUGCGCGGGGGCGCUCGCUAACGUGGCGUCGGC